AUGAAGAAUUCAGUCUUCGUUUUCUUUCUGUCAGUCUAUGUCCUUGUCCAACUUAUCAAGCUUUCAAAUGCUGAACCAUUUGAGUACAUGCAGUUUGUGCUCCAGUACCCACUUGGAGUUUGUUAUGGUACACAAAAAGGUGAUUCCAAAUCACCUCUGCCUACCAAGUUUACCGUUCACAGCAUCUGGCCGUCAAACUUCUCCGAUACACGAGUCGUUUGUAGGCAAGCACUGAUAAGUCACCCCUUUAAUAAUGCGCAGAUGACGUCGUCUCUGCAGACUGAUUUGACAAACUCAUGGCCAUCUGUGAUAACAAAAAAAAGCGACAUGCAGUUUUGGCAACAUGAGUAUGAGGAGCAUGGCGCUUGUUCAGUAGACAAGGGUGUACCACUGUUCACCCAGAAGUCCUACUCUGAGAGAGGAAACCAGCUCUGGAACCAAUAUGACAUCCAUGCACUGCUUGAUCAAAGCAAUAUCAAACCGGAUUCUUCAAAGCCAUGCAAAAUGACUGAGAUUGUAGCUGCAAUCCAAAAGAAAAUCGGGAAAAACACACUCCUGUACGAAGGUGCAAGGAAGAUAACAAAAUUUACAUACUAA